AUGACCUACGCCAUUGCCAGGACCCAACCAACAGCAAAACGAGCCGAACGCAGCAGUACCGGGACAGUGGGUUGGAAAAGCUUGCAGACCCGGCGGUAUGCAACUCCUGCCCCGGCGGAAGUCCUCACCGGAGGUGACGGCAUCGAUGUGAAGGAUGACAAGAGACAGAAAGUCGUCAUCCUGGGAAGUGGUUGGGCUGGAUACGUCCUCUCCCGUCGCCUCGACCCAGCGAAAUAUCGAGUCCUCGUGGUUUCACCCCGGUCCUACUUUGUCUUCACUCCCCUCCUCAACGACUCCGCCGUCGGCACCCUCGAAUCCCGCAACGUCCUAGAAUCCGUCAGGAAAAGAGGCAGCCAGAUAGAACAUAUCCAGGGCUGGGCGGACGAUGUCGACUUCGCAGACAAGACUGUCACCGUCGAGCCGUCCGUGCUCGACCCGGACAUUGGGCAUGCACUCACGGGCCCGCGCGAGCCCAACGAACAACAGACGACUGUGGGCUUCUUCAAGGAAAGCGACAUAAGACCCGGCGGGACUGGAGACAGCAAAGUGCCCACCUUCCCUGUCAGUUACGACAAAUUGAUCAUUGCUGUGGGCACCUACAGUCAAACGUUUGGCACCAAGGGCGUCAAGGAGAACGCCAUGUUCCUCAAAGACGUGGGCGAUGCACGAGCCAUACGAAGACGCAUCCUCGAACUAUUCGAACUUGCCCGUCUGCCUAUUAUCCCCGAAGAGACGAAGCGGUACCUCCUCCACUUCGCCAUCGUUGGCGGCGGACCCACAGGCAUGGAAUUCGCAGCGUGUCUAUCUGAUCUGAUACGGCAGGAUCUGAGCAAAAUCCACCCCCAACUGAUGAAGUACAUCCGGAUUAGUCUGUACGAUGUUGCGCCAAAGGUAUUGCCCAUGUUUGACGCCUCGCUUGCCGACUACGCUGUCAAACAGUACCAGCGGCAGAACAUCGACAUCAAAACGUCGCAUCACGUCGAGGAACUAAGGAAGGGAUUUCCGAAUGACGAGGAGGCACGAGAAAACCAGGACAGACAGCCGAAAGGGAGGGUGUACACGAUCCGCACGAAAGAGGAAGGGGACGUGGGCAUUGGCAUGUGCGUCUGGAGUACGGGAAACAUGAACAACCCAUUCGUUGCUAAGGCCCUGGAUCAUGUCAGAGAAUUCCCCAAGGAUUCUGCAACCAUCAUGGAAGGGGAAGUCAAGGAUCCAAUGGAGCGACGGUGGACGAUCACACGAGACCCCAAGACGGGGGUGUUGUUGGUUGACGACCACUUCCGCGUGAAUCUUGAUACGCACGCCGUCAACGGCGAAGACCGUAUUGCGGCGAAGGCGUAUAUGAAGGACGUCUUUGCCCUGGGCGAUACGGCAAAACUCAUAUCCGGCGCACUGCCGGCCACCGCGCAGGUCGCGAACCAGGAGGCCCUGUGGCUAGGGAAGAUGCUGAAUCGGUACCUUGAUGCCGACGACUUCGAUAAAGCCAAGGGGUUCACCUUCCGCAAUCUAGGUGUGCUGACUUAUGUGGGUGGCGCAAAGGCCGUGUUGCAGGGUCCGAAUACGGAUCGCGAGGGCAUGGCGAAGGGGCUGAAAGGCUGGAUUGCGUUUCUCGUCUGGAGGGGUGCGUACUUGACCAUGACGCUGAGUUGGAGAAAUAAGUUCCUCGUGCCGAUUCAGUGGUUGACGGUGCGGCUGUUUGGGAGGGAUAUUAGUAGGUUUUGA